UAUUUUCUGUACUCAUGUAUUUUGCCACUUAGAUCAUUAGUUAGUUCAGUUCACAUAAAUCACUUAUUACCGCAUGAACAUCGUUGAAGUGUAGUUCGCAGAUGUAAGCGAUCAAGUAUUUGUAAUCCAAUAUUGUACUUUCGUGAUUUGUACCUAGUCAAAUCGGAUAUUACUUUAUUUAAAUAUGUUGAGUAUGCUGUGGAUUAAGCUGUCUCUGCUGUGUUUUAUUCAUUAUGCCAUCUGCGGCGAAGAUUCUCCGUUAUAUGUGCAACCAGAACAGAUACAUCUUUCUUUUGGAGAAACUACGUCUGACAUUGUUGUAACAUGGAGUACGCUAAAUCGCACAAGUAGUUACGUUGCGUAUGGAACGAAUGAAAACCAAUUAAGUCCAUACCCGGGAAAAAUAUCCGCUUUCAAAGAUGGUGGUGACGAAGAAAGAGUACAAUACAUACACAAAGUAACAUUACAAGGCUUGGAUCCCAAUACAACCUACUACUAUCGUUGCGGCAGUAAUUUCUCAUGGUCUGCGUCAUAUUCUUUCAAAACGCCGCCAGAGUCAACUAACUGGUCUCCAACGUUAGCUAUUUUUGGGGAUAUGGGAAAUUUCAACGCGAUUUCUUUACCUGCUUUGCAAGCCGAAGCUCAAAUGGGAAUGUAUAAUGCUAUGUUACAUGUUGGAGAUUUUGCCUACGAUAUGGAUACGGAUAAUGCUCGAGUUGGUGAUGAGUUCAUGAGACAGAUUGAGCCAAUUGCUGCCUAUCUCCCUUAUAUGACUUGUCCUGGUAAUCACGAACAAGCCUACAAUUUUAGUAACUAUAAAGCUCGAUUCGCUCCACCCAAUGGACCCGAUAAUUUAUUCUACAGCUUUAAUCUUGGACCAGCUCAUUUCAUCAGCAUCAACACCGAAUAUUAUUACUUUUUGAACUACGGUUUGAAAUCCGCCAUAUUCCAAUAUUAUUGGUUGGAAAAUGAUUUGAAGGAAGCUAACAAACCGGAAAAUCGAAAAAAACAUCCGUGGAUUAUAACUUUCGGACACAGACCUAUGUAUUGUUCGAAUAAUGAUGGAGACGAUUGCAGAUACGAAGAUGAUCUAGUCCGAACUGGUUUACCUAUUAUUAAAAAAUUCGGUUUAGAGAAAUUAUUCUUUGAUUACGGGGUUGAUUUGGAAAUAUGGGCCCACGAACAUUCGUACGAACGAUUAUGGCCUGUGUACGAUAAGAAAGUAUACAAUGGAAGUUACGAUAAACCAUAUACCAAUCCUGGAGCUCCGGUUCAUUUUACCACCGGAUCUGCUGGAUGUGACGAAUUCGUAGACCAUUUCGUAGACGAUCCAGCGGGUUGGUCUGCAUUCCGUAGCAGCGAUUACGGAUACACCAGAAUGAAGAUUUUCAAUAGUACUCAUUUAUGGUUCCAACAAGUAUCGAUGGAUAAGAUGGGACAACCUAUUGAUGAGGUUUGGCUGAUAAAAGAUAAACAUGGACCCUAUCCUAAAAAAUGAACAAAUGUUGACGAUUUAUUUACUUAUUUGAAUUCCAAUAUGUUAUAACUGUAUUAUUGUAUGUUGUUCUUGAUUAUUAUCAAUUGACGUAAUCGAUUCUACGUACCCUACUUGAUGAUAUCAUGAAUUAUACGCACGUUAUUGGGUGCCAUUUGAAAUUACGUACUCUAGUUCUUAGAUUAUUUUUACUUUUAAUGAUUAUUCAUCGAACAAGAAAGUUCGAAUCGCUUUUACUUUUUGAUUUAUAUACCACCUAUUCAAAUUUUUAAAUUAUCUUCGUUGUACGAGUAUGUGAUAUUUGUGAUAUUAUUCGAUGUUAAGUUUUAUUUAAAAUAAUAUCAUGUUUCUGAAAAAGCA